ACGAUCUUGGGUUUGAGGUUUGCUUGAGAGGUUGGUACGGACUGCGGAGGAGGAUAAUGAAAGGUUCUUGCUGAAGCUCAGGAAUCGAAUGGAGCGGGUUGGGAUUGAUAAUCCGACGAUUGAGGUCCGAUUCGAGCAUUUGAACAUUGAUGCAGAGGCAUUUGUGGGGAAUCGAGGGAUUCCGACUUUUACCAACUUUUUUGUGAACAAGUUGACUGGUUUUUUGAGUUCUCUGAAAAUCUUGCCAAGUGGGAAGAGGCCGAUCUCGAUCCUUCAUAAUGUCAGUGGAAUUGUGAAGCCCUGUAGAAUGACUCUGCUUCUUGGGCCUCCAGGAUCUGGGAAGACUACUUUGUUGUUGGCUUUGGCAGGAAAGCUCGAUUCAGCGCUGAAGGUUGAAGGAAGAGUGACUUACAAUGGACACGAUAUGCAUGAGUUUGUCCCUCAGAGGACCUCUGCUUAUAUCGGUCAGAAUGAUUUGCAUAUUGGAGAGAUGACGGUGAGAGAAACUUUGGCUUACUCUGCGAGAUUCCAAGGAGUUGGUACUCGAUAUGAAAUGUUGACUGAGUUGUCAAGAAGGGAGAAAGAAGCAAACAUUAAGCCUGAUCCUGAUAUCGAUGUGUACAUGAAGGCUAUUUCUGUGGAAGGACAGGAGACUGUAGUUUCUGAUUACAUCCUGAAGAUUUUAGGACUUGACAUUUGUGCCGAUACUAUGGUGGGAGAUGCAAUGAUUAGAGGUAUCUCUGGAGGUCAAAAGAAGCGUGUUACAACAGGUGAAAUGCUAGUUGGACCGGCUAAGGCACUAUUCAUGGAUGAGAUAUCUACGGGACUUGAUAGCUCUACAACUUAUCAGAUUGUCAAUUCUCUUAGACAAUCAGUUCACAUCCUUGGAGGGACUGCAGUAAUUGCAUUGCUUCAGCCGGCUCCAGAAACGUACGAUCUCUUUGAUGAUAUAAUUCUUCUCUCAGAUGGACAAAUUGUGUAUCAGGGUCCUCGUGAGAAUGUCCUUGAGUUCUUUGAGUCAAUGGGUUUUAAAUGCCCCGAGAGAAAAGGUGUUGCUGACUUCUUGCAGGAAGUUACAUCAAGAAAGGAUCAACAUCAGUACUGGGCUCGAAGAAAUGAGCCCUACAUGUAUGUUUCAGUCAAUGAGUUUGCUGAAGCUUUUCAGUCCUUCCAUGUCGGCCGCAAGCUAGGUGAGGAUCUUAGCACACCAUUCGACAGAAGCAAGAAUCACCCUGCUGCUUUGACCACAACGAAGUAUGGAAUCAGCAAAAUGGAGUUACUAAAGGCAUGCACUUCCAGAGAAUGGCUGUUGAUGAAGAGAAAUUCCUUUGUCUACAUCUUCAAAGUUGUUCAAAUUAUAAUUCUUGGACUCAUUGCAAUGACUGUCUUCCUACGUACAAAAAUGCCUCGUGAAGGAAUUGAGGAUGGAGUUGUCUUUUUAGGUGCUAUGUUUCUUGGGCUCGUAACUCAUCUAUUCAAUGGAUUUGCUGAAAUGGCAAUGAGUAUUGCAAAGCUUCCUAUAUUCUACAAGCAGAGGGACCUCCUAUUCUAUCCUUCAUGGGCUUAUGCUCUUCCUACAUGGAUCCUCAAGAUUCCCAUAUCUUUUCUAGAGUGUGCUGUCUGGAUUGCCUUGACUUACUAUACAAUCGGAUUUGAUCCAAACAUCCAAAGGUUCUUUAGACACUAUGUUCUGCUAGUAUUGGUUAGUCAGAUGGCAUCCGGCCUCUUCCGGCUCCUUGCUGCGCUUGGCAGAGAGAUGGUUGUUGCAGACACUUUUGGCUCCUUUGCACAAAUAGUACUCUUAAUUCUUGGUGGAUUCGUUAUAUCUCGAGAGAACAUCAAGAAAUGGUGGAUAUGGGGUUACUGGUGCUCUCCCCUCACGUAUGCACAUAAUGCAGUUGCAGUGAAUGAGUUCCUUGGACAUAGCUGGCACAAGAUUGUUAAUCCUGCUACGAAUGAAACAUUAGGGGUUGAAUUUCUUAAAAAACGCGGUAUCUUUGUCGAUCCUAACUGGUAUUGGAUUGGUGUGGGAGCACUCAUUGGAUAUAUUUUCCUCUUCAAUCUUCUCUUUGUUCUGUUCCUGGAUUGGCUAGACCCACUUGGAAAUGGUCAGGCAGUUGUAACUGAGGAGGAAUUAAGGGAGAAACAUGCCAACAGAACUGGAGAAAGUGUAGAACUUCUGCCUCCGGGAACAGACUCUGCAAGAAAUCCAGGAAGAGGUACUGAUGAAAUUAGGAAUGACACUGGAGCAAACAAAAAAAGAGGAAUGGUACUUCCAUUUCUUCCUCUUUCAAUCACCUUCGACAACAUCAAAUAUUCUGUGGACAUGCCCCAGGAAAUGAAAGAGCAAGGAGUUACGGAGGACCGGCUGGUCCUAUUGAAAGGAGUUAGUGGAGCUUUUAGGCCAGGUGUUCUCACAGCAUUGAUGGGGGUCAGUGGAGCCGGAAAAACAACUCUGAUGGAUGUUUUGGCCGGAAGGAAGACUGGCGGUUAUAUUGAUGGAGAUAUUUGCAUUUCUGGUUAUCCCAAGAAACAAGAAACAUUUGCUCGCAUAUCUGGUUAUUGUGAACAAAAUGACAUCCACUCGCCACAUAUCACAGUCUAUGAAUCUCUUGUCUACUCUGCAUGGCUUCGUUUACCAAGUGAAGUUGAUGCCAAUGCACGAAAAGCAUUUGUUGAAGAGGUCAUGGAGUUAGUAGAAUUGAGCUCGUUGAGGGGUGCACUUGUGGGCUUACCAGGCGUGAAUGGUCUUUCAACUGAGCAAAGGAAAAGGCUGACAAUUGCAGUUGAGCUUGUUGCAAACCCUUCAAUCAUAUUUAUGGAUGAGCCAACCUCUGGACUGGAUGCAAGGGCAGCUGCAAUUGUCAUGAGGGCGGUUAGGAACACUGUGGACACUGGAAGGACUGUUGUUUGCACAAUUCACCAGCCUAGCAUUGACAUCUUUGAAGCCUUUGAUGAGCUCUUUCUUAUGAAAAGAGGAGGAGAAGAGAUCUACGUCGGUCCAUUGGGUCGCAAUUCGUGUCACCUGAUCAAGUACUUUGAGGAUAUUGAAGGAGUAAGAAAAAUCAAAGAUGGAUAUAACCCAGCUACAUGGAUGUUGGAGGUGACUUCACAAGCACAAGAAGAACUUAUUGGUGUCAACUUUACCGAGUUAUAUAGAAACUCUGACCUCUACAGGAGAAACAAAGCUUUAAUCUCCGAACUGAGUUCUCCUCCCCCAGGAUCAAAAGAUCUCUACUUCCCAACAAAGUACUCCCAGUCUUUCUUCACACAAUGUGCAGCAUGCCUUUGGAAGCAGCAUAAAUCAUACUGGCGCAAUCCAUCAUACACUGCUACCCGAAUUUUCUUCACAACUGUCAUUGCUUUCAUUUUCGGGACUAUUUUCUGGAAACUAGGGAAAAAAGUGAAGACACAGCAAGAUCUCUUCAAUUCUCUCGGGUCUAUGUAUGCUGCAGUUCUCUUCAUUGGAAUCCAGAACGGCCAAACUGUGCAGCCCAUUGUAGACGUAGAAAGAACUGUUUUCUACAGAGAGAAGGCUGCUGGAAUGUAUUCUGCUCUUCCGUAUGCAUAUGCACAGGUUUUCAUUGAGAUCCCACACAUUUUCCUUCAAGCUCUCAUCUACGGAGUGGUCGUCUACAGCUGCAUCUCAUUCGAAUGGACUGCAGUGAAAUUCUUGUGGUAUUUGUUCUUCAUGUACUUCACCUUCAUGUACUUCACCUUCUAUGGGAUGAUGGCAGUUGCUAUGACACCCAACAGCGACAUUGCUGCCAUAGUCUCGACUGCUUUCUACUUUGUAUGGAAUGUCUUUGCAGGAUAUCUGAUCCCUCGACCUAGGAUCCCAGUGUGGUGGAGAUGGUACUCAUGGGCAUGCCCGGUUGCAUGGACACUGUAUGGAUUGGUGGCAUCACAGUUUGGAGAUUAUGACACUCCACUCACUGAUGCUGACGGGGCAACAGUGAAGGAAUUCUUGAAGAGUUACUUCGGGUUUAAACAUGAUUUCCUGGGAUAUAUUGCAAUUGCAGUAAUGGGGUUCACUGUGCUCUUCGCCGUUGUCUUUGCCUUCUCAAUCAAGGUAUUCAACUUCCAGCGGAGAUGAGCAGUGUAUGUUAAAGAUAUCCAUGGUGAAUGUUUUUAUUUGUUACUGAAAGUGACGUACAGAUGAGCAUGUAUAGUUCUUGUAUGAUCUCGUUGUAUCUUAAUUUUGCCCUUUUUAGUUUGGCCGAGUUGUGAGUUGUUGUUAGGAUAUUUGGUUACUGAAACGGACAGAAUGUGUCUAUUAGAAAAAAGUUGUAUGUAAAUUUUGUUACCAGUUUACAAAUAAACUUCAUUUUUAUGCCAUGUAUAUUCAAAUUCUCA